UUUCUCACUGUCGCCUUCUUCAACAAAAAAUUGAUUCUGUCUCUGGGAAUUUAGCUAGCCGGCCUUGGGGCCUUAUUUAUUCAUCAGGAGGCAACAGCUAGGCUCAUUUGGAUUAAUUUGUAAUGAUUAUUUUGAGUCUAGUGGGAUCCUGUUUCUAUAUAAAGAUUACGUGCAUUCACCAGAGCUUGGGUCCAACAUUUCAGAAUGGCUAGCCAAGCUUUCCAUUCUACAUGCAUCCUCCUCUUUAGUAUGCUCGCUGCUUCUGCUUUUCUUGGGGCUGCUGAGUCUCCAGAGAGGAAGGUGUACAUUGUCUACAUGGGGGAUUCUCCAGAAGGCAUGUCAUCCAUAGAAACACUUCAUGUUAGCAUGCUAGAUCAAGUACUUGGGAGUGGGGCCUCAGAGCAGCGCUUGAUUCGCAGUUACAAGAGGAGUUUCAAUGCCUUUGCAGCUGAACUAUCAGAGGAAGAGAUGAAGACAAUUGCUGACAUGAAUGGAGUGGUUUCUGUUUUCCCAAAUGAAAAGAUGCAGCUGCACACUACGCAAUCAUGGGACUUCAUGGGAUUUCCAAGAAAUGUGCACAGAGCACCAACGGAGGGUGAAGUGAUCAUCGGUAUGCUUGAUACUGGAAUCUGGCCGGAAUCUGAAAGUUUCAAUGAUGAUGGGUUUGGUCCUCCUCCAAGUCGAUGGAAGGGCAUCUGCCAAUCCUCACCAAACUUCACUUGCAACAAUAAAAUUAUUGGAGCUCGAUUUUAUCUUCACGAAGGAGAUUUUGGAGAAGGAGACAUCAAAUCUCCAAGAGACGCAGAAGGACAUGGGAGUCAUACUUCAUCUACUGCUGCUGGAAACCAAGUACGUGGUGCAAACCUGGAUGGCUUGGCUAGGGGCACUGCUCGAGGGGGUGUUCCUUCUGCACGUAUAGCUGUCUACAAGAUCUGCUGGAUAGCUGGUGGAUGCUCCUAUGCAAACAUUCUUGCUGCAUUUGAUGAUGCCAUUGCGGAUGGUGUGGAUAUCAUCUCCCUAUCAGUAGGUGGCUCAGACCUAUUUGACUAUUUUGAGGAUCCCAUAGCCAUUGGAGCAUACCAUGCCAUGAAGAAAGGGAUCCUUACUUCAAACUCAGCGGGCAACAGUGGUCCAGGCCCUGCCACUGUCACUAAUGUUUCUCCGUGGUCUCUCUCAGUGGCGGCCAGCACCAUUAACAGACGCUUUGUAUCAGAUGUCAAACUAGGGAAUGGCCAGAUCUAUGAGGGCGCUGCUAUUAACCUCUUCAACCUCGGCAAGAAUAUGUACCCUUUGGUUUAUGGGGGUGAUGUUCCAAAUACUUCCGCAGGGUACAACGGGUCUAUCUCCAGAUACUGUGGUAAUAACACGUUAGACAGACACAUGGUGAAGGGAAAGAUCGUCUUGUGUGACUAUUACGCUGGAGUCGGACCUGUUCGUGCUGGUGCAGCAGGAUGUAUAGUAAUAGAUGAUGCAUUCAAAGAUACAGCUUAUUCUUUUCCAUUACCGGCAACUGUCAUUGGACUCCAAGACGGCCAAGAUGUUGCCCAGUAUAUUAACAUAUCAAGUGAACCAAUGGCAAUUAUAUAUAAAAGCAAACAAAGAAUCAACCCAACAGCACCUUUUGUAGUUUCCUUCUCUUCACGCGGGCCAAACGCAAUAACAAAAGACAUUCUCAAGCCUGACUUGACGGCUCCUGGAGUUGAUAUUCUAGCUGCAUGGUCACCAGUGGAAACCCCUGUUCCCUACAACAUAAUCUCUGGGACUUCCAUGGCAUGCCCUCAUGCAACUGCUGCUGCAGCAUUUGUCAAGUCCUUCAACCCCACUUGGUCUCCAUCUGCCAUCAAGUCUGCCUUGAUGACUACAGCUGCUCCUAUGAUGGCAUCCAAAAAUACGGAUGCUGAAUUUGCUUAUGGGUCUGGGCACCUGAACCCAGCCAAGGCUGCAGACCCUGGUUUAGUUUAUGACGCCUGUGAGGCUGACUAUGUAAACAUGUUGUGCAGUCAAGGUUAUAGCACCAAAAAUCUAAGAAUUAUCACUGGAGAUAAUAGCACCAGCUGUAGCCGUAACAGAGGCUCGGUCUGGGAUCUGAAUUACCCUUCAUUUGCGCUCUCAUUUAGAAGUGGACACAGAUUUUCUGCCAGGUAUCCAAGAACAGUAACUAAUGUUGGUUUGGCAAAAUCAGUGUAUAGAGUUAAGGUAACGAGCCCCUCAAAACUUAAAAUAACUGUUAAACCAAAUGUGCUGACAUUCACACAUAAGCAAGAGAAACAGAGAUUCGUGGUGAAACUCAGUGGAGUGCUAACAGAUGAAGAAAUGUUUUCUGCUUCAAUUGUGUGGACUGAUGGAAUUCAUCAAGUGAGGAGCCCUAUUGUGGUCUACUCAUCCUGAAACUCUUUGUUAGGGGCAAAAUAUAGCCUGGUUCAGUUUUAUUC